CGCAAGUCACCUUUUACCAACAGAGAGGGGAGUAACGUCUGGGGGGGUUAAAGAGAAACAAAUCCGAGAGAGUGCGUUAAAGUAUUAGAGUGGUGCUCCGAGGGCUACGGGACGCUGCGAAUUCACACUGUCACCGUAUCUGUAAGAGACUCAACGUGCUGCGCGGAAGUUUGUGUUUACUGGUGUCGUGGUAGCAGCUAGCUGACUGGCCCUGUUAGCUUGUUAGCGAGGAACCUGGACAUCAACAUUUACUACUAAACAAGCAGCUGGAGAGUGGAAAAAGCGGCUGGUUAUGCCCUAACAUUUCAGACAAACGGUUUGGCAGAUGUUGUGAUAUCAGCGCUGCACUAUCUAAACAUAUUGGAUUUUGCCGGUGCCGAUGACCUCUCGGGCUCGCAUCACUGGACCUGCAACCCGUCCUCCUCAUCGGACCUAGACUACCUACCAGCGGCGAUGGCUCCCCUGUUCAGCUAGUAUACGACGCGUGGAAACUAUCUGCAGCCCCGGUAACCAUGGGAGGAUGUGUGGGGAGAUACUGGGAAGGCUGGGAGGACACACAGAGCCGAGGCUCCUCCAGGAACGGUGGACGAGGAGGACGUAACGAGCCCCUGAAGAAAGAUCGUCCCAAGUGGAAGAGCGACUACCCGAUGACAGAGGGCCAGCUACGGAGCAAGAGGGACGAGUUCUGGGACACGGCGCCAGCCUUCGAGGGCCGCAAGGAGAUCUGGGACGCCCUGAAAGCAGCGGCCGUGGCCCUGGAGUGUAACGACCACGAGCUGGCCCAGGCUAUAGUGGAUGGAGCCAGUAUCACACUGCCACACGGUACUCUGACAGAGUGUUAUGACGAACUCGGGAACCGCUACCAGCUGCCCGUCUACUGCCUGGCUCCACCCAUAAACCUCAUCUCCGAGCGCAGUGAUGAGGAUCCCAGCGACAGUCCCGAACCUCCUGUAGCACCCAAGAAGGAAUUCCAGCUCAAGGUACGUAUGUCCACAGGUAAGGACCUACGCCUCAGCGCCAGCAUGGCGGACACCAUAGGGCAGCUGAAGAAGCAGCUGCACGUCCAGGAGGACAUUGACGCCAACCACCAGCGCUGGUUCUUCUCCGGCAAGCUACUCACGGACAAGACACGGCUGCAAGACACUAAGAUCCAGAAGGACUUUGUCAUCCAGGUCAUCGUCAACCCGCAGGCCCUCCGAGGCCCCAAGCUGUCACCCAACACCACCAACACCACCACCACCACCACCACCACCACUGAGUCCUCCCCUGCAUCUGAAUAAAUGAGAAAAUAACCCAGCACGAAUGGAGGAGAUGGUGGAAGGGGAUAGCAGACGCUGAAGGACCAGCGGCGCCUCCUGAUGCUGGAUAACUUUUUGACACACCUGCUGUUACUGAAAUAGGUUAAAAAAAAAGAUCUGUGGAGUUAUAAAACUACAUGAGGGAGAAACUCAACAGUGCUGCUUUUAAACUACCAUGUGUCAUUGUAUUUUUUUUUUUUUUGGUUCUGCUGGGUUGUUCUGAAAACAAAUCCAGUCACCACACUAACUCUCGUCUUUUUGAACCACCUACAACAUGCCCACAUCAUGCUACUCAUGUAAAGACUCUGCCUCUGCUCUUUUUAUCUGCACGAAUGCUAACGAAGUGCCAACGGUGGAACUGCAGAGGUGUUUGUGUUGGUUCUAAAGCACAUCUCUACUUUGGACUAUGACGCCCAUGGACUCUGCACUGCAAUCCUUUUCUGCUCAUCGGAAACCGAAGGGGAAAGCAGUGAGCGGGAUAAUGAGCUUCUCUUUUUUUUUUCUUUUUUUCUCCAUCUUUCAUUGAGGAAUUUAUUAAACUGAGCUUUUUUGCACAUUUGAA